CAAAGCGCACCGGACCGUUUUUCCCGCUCAUUCGCCUCUCGCCCGUCGGACCGCGCCAGAGGAUCCGCCAGCUGUCAGAGAUGGACGACUUCUUCUCAAGUCUUGAUCUGGACGACCCGAUCUUUCCCCUCGAACCUCCGGAUUUGGAAUUCGACUACUUUAACUCCAGUUUUGGUGAGGAGUGGUGGCCGGAGAGCGUGGCCGGGCCGACCACUUUGCCGUCGCCGGCGCCGGCGCCGGCGCUGCCCGCGUGGACGCAGUUCUGCAGCGCCGAGUGCCGCGACUACGCCGACGAGACGAGCGCCCUGCUGCACUUCCCGCCGCUGUCCCUGCCGCUGCCGCUGCCCGAGGAAGCGACGGUGCUGGCGUCGCGGGACCACGACUACAGCCGCAGCAUCGCGGCGUGCACUUCGCCCCCAGGGCGGGCCUUCCCCUGUGAAUACCCCGGCUGCUGCAAGGCCUACGCCAAGUCGUCACACCUGAGGGCACACAUGCGCAGGCACACAGGUGAGAAGCCAUUUGCAUGCUCAUGGCCAGGUUGUGGGUGGCGCUUCUCACGCUCAGACGAGCUGGCACGCCACCGGCGAUCACAUGCAGGUGUCAAGCCAUACCGUUGCCCUGCCUGUGCAAAGGCAUUUACACGCUCCGACCACUUGGCCAAGCAUCUACGAGUCCACCGCAAGCAACGCGCUGCCAACAAUACCAACACCUGCAGACCAGGACAGCACCAAACAGUCACUGCUGCUACCACUGGGACCUCCUGGAAUGCUGCUUACUAACUGCAUGACUGCUGCUUUGCAUUGUCUAUUGCCAUUUAUCCAGUACUAAAUGGCUAUCUUCAGUUGAGUGAUUUAGCAGUGACGCAUUAUUACCCAUUGCAGAGAAAAAAGAAUAUUCUUUGAGGAAUUAUUAUUUAUAUCAAUCAUCAGAGUGUCAAUACAUCACAUGUGACUCUUCAACAGAAUGUCUGGAAAUGACAUGAGUUAUGUAGAAUAAUGCAUUUUCAAUUAUUGGGUAGUUGCAGUAAGAAACAGUGAUCACAAUCUGCACUUACAAUGUUAAUGUCAAUGAAGGCAACAUAUUUCCACAAUCUCUUGAUAAUUGGUUUCUGAAUACAUUA